AUGGCCAUUACCGGCGACAACUCGCCCAAUGUGGCGGGUAGCGUCAUCAUGUUGACCAUCCUUGCUUUCGUCACUUUCGGGUUUCGCGCGUAUUGUCGGAUCACCAGAAGAUCAUGGUCCACGGAAGAUUGGAUCAUGACAGCCGCAUUGGCACCAUUCUGUGUGCUUGUAGCAGGUUGUGUUGGAGGCGCCUUCAACGGCAUUGGCAUUCAUCAAUCGCGACUGGCGCUGCCCGAAAACCAGAAGUAUCAAGCCGGCGGCCAGAAGUUCUUCCUCAUCUUCGAAGUCGGCUAUUGUGCCGCCAUCAUUCCCAUCAAGCUCAGCAUCAGCUGGAUGCUGGUUCGAGUAUCCGAAGGGCGGAAGAAAUACGUCUAUACUCAGUAUGCAGUAAUCGCUCUCUUCACUAUUAUGAAUAUCGUCGCAUUGAUAUUCAUCCUCACCAACUGUAUUCCAGUCGAGGCCGCUUGGGACCCGAGUGUCGGAGGAAGCUGCAAGCCUGCUUAUGUUUUGGCUGAUGCCUACUAUGCCUGCACCGCUGUAAACAUCGUCACAGACUGGAUCACUGCCAUCAUGCCGAUCCCCUUACUAUGGAACGUCCAGCUCGACAAGCACAGUAAGAUGGCCGUCAUUGGACUGAUGGGUCUCGGUAUCUUCGCCUCUCUCUCGGCCUGCGUCCGUCUCAAAUACACCGUCAAUUUGACCAACCAAGACGACUACCUCUACGCUAUCGCCAACGUCGUGAUCUGGGGUUUCGCCGAGAACGCCAUCGGCAUGAUCGUCGGCAACGUCGCAACCCUCCGCCCUCUCUUCCACCAGUUCUUCGAACGCACCCUCCGACGAACAGGCUACACCAGCAGCCGCAGCCGAUCACGAUUCCCGUCCAACUACGAGCUCUCUCAGCACGGAGGAGGCAAGGGCGACCCCGGGAAUGCGUACCUGUCUACUGUCACCGAAGUCCAUGGCAACCAGGCCCGAAGCAGGCAAGACAGUCAAAUCAGCGACGACGACAGCCAGAAGAUGAUUAUUCAUGGCGCGGCGAGCCGAGGACAUAACGAUAUCAUGGUCAGUCGGCAGGUUAACGUUACCUACGAUGCGUAG